UCUGUAAUAGCAUCAGGUUCUUCACUUCCUUCUCUAACAUCCCAAACCUCUCUCUCUAUAGAUAUAUCUAAAUGUAAAAUAGGUGGUAAAGCAAUUCAACGAUGCCGGUCAUUGGAGGCGGUGCACACAUCCUGGUGUUCCCUUAUCCUGCGCAGGGGCACAUGAUACCUCUUCUGGAUUUGACACACCAUUUGGCCACCCUUGGCCUCACGGUAACCGUACUCGUCACCCCCAAAAACCUCUCUCUCCUAAACCCUCUCCUCUCCAAACACCCAUCCUCCAUCAAAACCCUGGUCUUGCCUUUCCCUACGCACCCCUCCCUUCCCGCCGGCGUAGAGAACGCCAAAGACCUCACCCCGAAAUCCGCCCCUGCUAUGAUGCGCGCCCUGGGCGAACUUCGCCAGCCUCUCCUCCAAUGGUUCAAGAGCCACCCUUCGCCGCCAAUUGCCAUCGUGUCCGACAUGUUCCUCGGGUGGACCCACCACCUCGCCUGCCAGCUCGGCAUCCUACGUGUCGUGUUCUCACCUUCGGGUGCGAUGGCCUUGUCCGUCAUGUAUUACCUGUGGCGCGACCUACCGAAACGAAAUGAUCCCGACGAUCAUAGCGCGAUGAUAUCGUUCCCCAAAAUGCCGAAUUCCCCUAUUUACCCUUGGUACCAGCUCUCCGGUCUAUAUCGGAGCUACAUCGAAGGAGACCCAGUUUCGGAAUUUAUCAAGGAUGGGUUUCGCGCUAACAUGGAGAGUUGGGGACUCGUUAUUAACUCGUUCGAAUCCUUAGAAAAGGAUUACUUGGAUUAUCUGAAGAAUGAGUUGGGCCAUGAUAGAGUGUGGACUGUUGGGCCGUUGCUAGAUCCAUCUGGGCCAACGGAAAGAGGUGGGCCCGGUGCUAAUUGGGCUGGUGAUAUAAUGACGUGGCUUGACAGUUGCAAGGACCAUACUGUGGUGUAUGUGUGCUUUGGGAGUCAAGCUGUGUUGACAAGUGAGCAAAUGGAAGCUUUGGGACUAGGAUUAGAGAAAAGUGGGGCCACAUUCAUAUGGUGCAUCAAAGAGGCCAGAGGAGACGCUAAAUGUGGUGUGGUCCCACCUGGGCUAGAGGAUCUUGUGGCCGGGAGGGGACGGAUUGUGAGGGGGUGGGCCCCACAGGUGUCGAUACUUAGUCACCGAGCCGUGGGGGCGUUCUUAACUCACUGCGGAUGGAAUUCGGUUCUCGAGGGACUAGUUGCGGGGGUGGCAAUGUUGGCGUGGCCAAUGGGAGCAGAUCAGUUCGUGAACGCAACCCUUUUGGUGGAGGAGUUGAAGGUGGCAAUUAGAGUGUGUGAGGGUGCAGAAUCGGUUCCAAACUCGGACGAGUUGGGUCGAUUGGUGGCACAAUUGGUGGUGGAUAGGAAUCGGGUUGAGAUGGUUCGAGCCAUGGAAUCGUCUAAGGCUGUAUUGAAUGCCAUUAAAGGAGGAGGCAGCUCAUUCAAAGAUUUGGACAGAUUGGUUAUGCAUUUGACAAAGGAGGCUUCAUUGCGAGACAAAAUACUUGAUGUCGAACAAAAAUGUAGCACCAUGGAGUUCACUGAUAACCAUUACAAACCAAUCAUGCAUGCCUGAAAAAGAUUUGGACAGAUUGGUUAGUCAAAUGGUGAUUGAUUUUUUGAGCAAUGCUAAAGAGACAGCGACAGAAAUGUGGUAGGGUCUAGGUUUACAGCAGUUGUAAUAGAGUCUGUUGUCGACUCUUGAUUAAAAAAUUUCUUUAUUAAAUGUUCAUCUGUCUAGUUUUGGCUGUAUUAAUAUAAAUAUCUCAUUUGAAAAGUUAAACUAUAUAUAUAUAGAGAUAUAUAUUAAUAUUAUUAAUUUAAUGUUUUUUACAUGGAACUUAUAAGAAGUAAAUAAUCA